GACUCCUGUAGGCGCUCCAUACCUUGGAUUUCCCAAUGGAUUAAUUAACGAAGACAUCGUGUGAUUAUUUGUUGCAAGCAUCAAGAAAUGCCGCUCCCAAAACACACAGUUCAACCAGUCAAAUUAAGUCAAGUAGUCGUGCCGAAUGGAGUAGACAACGAACUAGAAUUCGUGGUUAACUCGACGGUCUGCAAUGUUAUGCGACAAAUAGCAUCUAUUAGUCGGUUAGCUAACAAUAUGUUUGAAGAGCUUACCACUGAUUUAUCUCAACUCGUUGAACGAACCGUCCGUCUACAAAAUCGUUUGAGCAAACUUCAUGAGGAUAUGCAAGUGGCUCGUAACGGAGAUGAGGAUCUCACAGCUGCAGUACAGGAAGUUGAACUCCCUAUGUUCACAAGUAAAAAGCCUACUGAUAGUCAAGUGUUAAAUCGCAAUACAAUACCCCCUUCAAUGCGGUCACAUUAUGACCAAGCAGAACCAGCUCCUGCACUGCAACAAAUGGAUGCUCUAAGAGAUGACAAAAAAGUCAGUAUGAAGUUAUAUUCAGAUCCAAGCUUUUUCUUCGACUUAUGGAGUCAAGAAAUGUUACAAGAUCACAAACACAAAAGAGCUGCUAAGAAAAAAAGGCCAAAGGUUAAGGGAAAAUCUGCUCCUGCUAAAAGCGCGUCUAAUCAAGCUGUUCAAAAACCCCAACUUAUCAUUCAGCAGCCAGGAGUUGGUGGUCACAAUCCUCCUACAGCAAUGUUUGAGCGGAAUGGCCCUAUAAAUACUAAUCUGCACUUGGAUAAAGAUACUAGUACUGUUCAUGGUAAACCAAUCCAAUCACAGUUUCCAAAUAGUGCGAACUUUGGAAGUGCUGCAUUACCACCGCCACCACCUCCACCCGUUGUGCUUCACCCGUUAACGCAAGUCGAUAGUGUGAAAGAUGUUCAACAUAUAGCAGAUCAGAGAAACAAUUUUCAGUCCAGCAAACCGGUCUUCGAUGGAAACAACCAGUUUUCUGCGAAUAAUCACAUGAAUGGUAACCAUGACCCUUCAUCAGCUCACCAGAUGACUCUUCCGGAACCUCCUAAGCUUCCUGUACAAAUGCCGAUGCAUGUUGUGCCACCACCACUUCCACCUCCAGCGUUCAUGAAUGAUUUCGAAUUAAAAGCAGCAGGUGUGAAUAAAAGUUCACUUCAGAACGAUGAUGCUUGUAGUAGAGAUCUUCGUACGCAAAACGGAAAUAGUGAACUUUCAGCAUCAAUACACACACAGGUUAAUAAUGUGAAUCAUUUUCAGUGUGCAACGGCGGAAAGUAUGGAAUCGUCAAUGGUCUUGAAUGAUCUUCCGCCGCCUCCUGCACCAAUUUUUAUCGAGAAAAGUUUGAUGGAAUCAUGUUCCCGCACUGAAGAGUUUAGUGAGUCUGAAAAAAGUGCUCAGAAAGCCGUUUCUGCAUUGUCUCCUCCCCCUCCUCCACCAGCAGCACCCUAUUUGGCUUCAUCUCCACAAACAUCUCUCCCAGGUUCACCUAUGCAACCCCCACCACCUCCACCACCACUACCACCUUCCCUCGUCACAACCCAGAAAACAGGACAUGAAACCUCAAAAGAUCAAACUUCUUUGCCAAAUAAAGACUCUGCUUCUCGAUGUAUUGUACCCCAGUGCCCUCCUCAGGACCUACUUUCUGCUAUACGUGCUGGCCUCAAAUUACGUAAAGUUGGCGAGCGAAAUCUUCCAGAUCCAUCGAAGUUCAGUCGUGCAAACAGUUUGUCAGUUCUAGGCAACACGCCCAAAGACGUACAAGCUGUUGAAUACUUAUAUUGUCGGCAGUACGGAUAAACCCCCCACCAAUGAUACUGGUUGGUUGUCAUAUGUAUCACAAAUCACAGGAACUGAAAAGUGCUGACCAUUGAGUUCGAACCAGUUGCUCAACAGAGCGGAGCAUCUUACAAUACCUGAAGAUUCUAGUUUCGACUCCAGAAAAAGUCAAAGGUGUACACUUUUAACAGGAAUCCAUCUAAUUUCGUUUGUAUGUAGUUGGUUUCUAUACGUUAUUUACUUUCAAUUAAAACCAUCCACAAAUGUUUUAAAAAUGUUGAAGUUUGCUGCAACUGUCAACACCAACACAUUAAAAAAGUUUUCUAUCUGUUUAACAAAUCUUGACUCAAUUCCAGGAGAGUUUGAGCUAUUUAUGAUGCUGUUCGACGUCGUCGGGAAUGCAUGGAAAACUCAUCUGAAGAUGAUGAUGACGAUAAAGAAGUCAACAGUGACUCUUCUGGUUGGGAGGACUAACUUUCUUCUAGACUUAAAGUUUUUGGCCAUCGUUCAGAAAGUUCUGGUUUUUUCACUUUCAGGCGUGUCCGACAUCUAUUUUAUAUUCAUUUUUCGCAUCUCUUGUUAUGUCUUUCGAUAAUUUGUUUUGCAUCCCUUUUUUGUUUAUGUGUAGUUAUUCACAACUAUUCUUUGUACAUAAAAUACGUAGUUUGAUUUUAGUAGGUACAUAUUUAUACUGAUAUGCAAUAGAGAUUUUUCUCUCUCUUCAGUCACUUCCAGUACAUUUAAUCUCCGACAUGAUGUUUGCAAAUAUUUCUAAUGUUUAAAAAUAAAAUUUAAAGCCUCUAUAAAGUUGCAUAACUGUUUUCUCCAUGAAAAUCACCUCUACUAUCCUAAUUAACCAUUGAGCUCUAACCUUUUUUAUCCAGUAGUCAUGUUAUUACUAUUGUUAAUAUUCUCAUCAUUAGUGCUCAAAUCAACAUUGUUCAACUGAAUAAAUAGCUGCCAAACCUUAUUAUUUUUAUUUCUAUCACCCAAAAUAAGAUGAAUCUCUAUUUUAAAUUUGUUCAGUUUAUAUCCAAUCAAAUAAUAGAAAGUUUGGUCCAAUUUUUCAGGGUUUUUGUUCUAACUCACACAAUGAGCGAAUCGCCAUCGUAGUUUCGUUAUUCUCCUCAACUGCUUCCAAACUUUUUGAUUUCGUUACCUGUUGUAAUUGGUUUCUAUGUCGACGGGAAAUGAAAAUUCAUUUAUUCGUACCUACUUUUUAUCACAUGAAGCUCAGUACAUGAGUUAUUGUUUUUUUUGCUUAUCUUGAACUGAUUCACCCUUCUUCUGAUGUUUCCCCUUUAAAGUCCUUCCCCAAAACGAAGCUAUUUGUUUAUUUUACUUUCCGGUGAUGAUUACUUCCAUAGUUUCUCUUUACACUUGUAUUUUAGCAAGACGAAAGUAUUGUUCCAUUGUGACAUUUGUGUAUAUAUCUUUUAUGUAUACCAUGGUUGGUAAUGCUUCUCAAACUACUUUAAUAUAUGCACUUAUGCUUGUCACUUAUUUUCAGUUGUCUGUUUUCAAUGAAAUCAUAGGGUUUUAGUAGCUAAAAGGAUUGGUCUUCUUUCUCAGCAAGCAAAGUGUACAAAAGAAUGUUAACUCAGACUAUUCAGUAUAUUGUUUUACAAAUCCUCCCGAUGUCAGACUGUUGUGCAUGUUCAAUAUUUUCACUUAAGUAAUGGUCUUUGGUUGUUAUAGACUGUGGAUUUUAAUAUCUUCUACAACAACAAACUGUUGUUACAGU